AUGUUGUUCAGGUCCCUGUGCCACCAUGGUGGUAUGAGUUUCAGCAGGCUGCCACUUUAUCAUGUUCGUGCUAUGUCUCUUCUUGGUGGCUUAAAGCCAUCUGACGGGUCAAAGAAAGGCUCGAAGAGAUUGGGUAGAGGUCCAUCUAGUGGUAAAGGUAAGACGUCGGGAAGAGGUCAAAAGGGUCAAAAAGCGCGUGGGAAGGUAAAAUCGUGGUUUGAAGGUGGUCAGACACCUAUUUAUAAAUUAUUCCCAAAGAUCGGUUUCACAAACGUCCAUGCCAAACCCCUCAAUGAAUUAAGUCUAAACAGGAUCCAAUGGUUCCAUGAUGCGGGUAGAUUGAAUCUGGGGGCUGGUGAAGUGCUGGACAUGAAAAAGAUGAAAGAUACCGGGUUGGUGACCGGUACCAUAAAGCAUGGAGUCAAAAUCCUCGCGAAUGGUAAGUCCCACUACAAUCUACCCAUCAGAAUUGAGGCAUCUAAAGCUACAGCUGAUGCCAUCAAGACAAUUGAAGCGUCAGGUGGGGAGUUCACUGCUCGCUAUUUCAAUAGGCUGGGAUUAAGGGCUCAUCUUGUACCUGAGUGGUUCCUCGAGAAAAGAGGAAGAAUACCUCUGCAGGCAAGACCUACCAGGAGAAAGGAAAUCGAGUAUUACAGUGAUGAAGCCAAGAGAGGCUAUUUGAUCAAGGAAAACGAUGAGCAUCUGCUGAGAAUUCAGGAGGCAAAGAGGAUCGGCGGUGUACACACGGAACGAAAAAGUGCCAGAAAAAAUGCAUUGCUGUCGCAAUUGGAAGAUUUACCCAAUGACGUACCCUCAUCUUGGAGCAUAGGUUCUAGCAUUAUCACCUUGGACCAACUACAGGCGGAGCCACAGCAGAAAUAA